ACCUUUUAAGCUGCUAACAUUGUUACGAAAAAAAGAUAAAUGACUAUCAGAACGUUGUUCAUUUAACUGAUUUUUUAGCUGACUAAAACUAUACGGGGAAUAGUAUUUACAGCGGAUAGGAUAAAUAGCAGAGAAAUCUGUGUCGUAAAAUUUACUGUUUACAGAGUUCAGACUGAAGAUAUCAAUGUCAUAUAGGCUAGGUAAUCGUUCAAGAUAUUUUUUAGAAGGAAGGUUAUCAUUUGUUAAGAGAUUAUUAUAUUUGCCAUGGCACUGGAUUAUGGAGCUCUGCCCACGGUACGGUAAUUCAAGGAAGAAAGCUUUAUUUUGCUUAACUUCGGUUGAAAUCGGCAUUGCUAAAUAUUAGAGCACUAAAAUCUUCUAGUUACAGUCAUACAAAUACUUAGCUGAGCGCUUCCUGUUCAUCUUGGAUGAUCCGAGAGAGAUCGUCAGGGCACCGGACUUUUAAAGAACGGGAGUCUUCUGAUCUGCGAAGGAAAAUGGUUCCGUUUUUGACCCAGCAGAACUGAAAACCAAACCUGGUCUUGAAUGACUUGGCGUUCCCGUACAACUCCUGCAUUCUCGGUGUAAGAUGGUCAAGGAUUAAUAUUUUGGACAUGUCCUGACUCUCUUCUAAACCAACGUCUCGAGCCGCCACACUCGAGGCAUGCCUUCUCGCCGCCAUGACAUUAUUUCGUCAUCGUCAGACGUCAUCUGUGAUCUAUUACUGAACAGACGCACGGCAACUUGGAAUCUAUUUGUUAAUCUGAUAACUCUUCAAAUCUCUUCACAAUUCUAUUGCACUGCCUUGCAGACAAGUAACAAGAACUAUGCUGACCAUCAGCUAAGAAAUAUGGUCAUGACAGGACAUGGCAUUUUGGGAGAAGACAACGUAGAUGUAUGGUUGCUAUGAAGAAUAGAAGCUUUCUGAUUAUUGAAUAGGAAUGAAAAAACCUUCAAAGAAAUUAUAUAACUUGGUCAGCCCCAAGGAAAAAAAUAUGAAAAAAGAGACCAAAAAACAAAGCAAAGCAAAACAAAGUAGGAAGGUUUUCGGAUAGAUAUGGGAACGCAAAAGCUUCGUGAAGAGGAGCUCGUAAUAUUCCUUUAGUUUUUGCUUUUAAUGUGCCCCUAAUUGCUUAAAAUAUUCUAUUCUGUAAUGUUAUUGGUGACUUUAUUACUCGGAAAAUGUUAUCGACCUUAGUAAGACCCCGAAAGACUAUUUUCAAGAGCACAAUUUACUUGCUUAACAAGAGGGGGGGAAGGAUGGGGUUGAGGGGGUGAAGGGGUGAGGGGAGCUUGAAAGGUGACAGGGCUGACCGCCCAUAUCCAACUGUAAAGAAACAUCGCAAUUUGUGAACCCACUUAUGUCAAGAGUUUGUUGUGGAUCUGUCAUUAACAGCCGAUUAUCAUUUGUUUUCCACCCAUCUUGUGGCUAUACUGAAACUUUCACUUUAUGAUUUGGUCAGUCAAUCAAUCAAUGAACAUCAAUUGAUACUUUAUUUACAAUAGGUUAAAAAGUCAAAAGCAUCAGAGCUGAUGUGGACUUACAUGUACCAUAUACGACAAUACUCUAUUGAUCAAAAGUUUAAAGUGUAAAUCAAAAUGUUUCUGAACAGUAGUCAAUAACAAAUGUAAUUUUGGUAUUUAUUCGAGAUUGUAGAGGCUUUCUUCUGAAAUAACAUGUUGUCGGUUAUAUUUCAAGCUAAAGGCCCUCUACAUCUCAGAGAAGUUCUCCCUAAAUCUAAGUUAAGUUGUGGUUAUUUAAGACUUGGGGGGUUGCGUAUAAUGUAAUCAGUAACUAACUGCUCUUACAAAAAAGACAAAAUAUCAUCUACUGCCAUAUUAUUAUGUACCUUGUAAAUAAGUAAAAGCAAUUUUCCAGUUUCAUACAUAUUUAAAUAUGAAUCCCUUAUAGUCAAGGAUAAAACAUUCUGAGUGUCUCAAGGCAGUAAAUGUAUGAUUUUAGCAACACAUGCAUGUAUAUACUCAAGCCUUAAUUAUGAGGAGCAUGUGCGUCAUUGUAAACUGCAGUCAAAUAUAUACUUUCUAUUACAUUUUAAGUAGGUCCAAGGCUUUUUAAACUUUGUGGAUAA